AUGGCGCCUAUCAAGAUCGGCCUCGUCGGUCUGAGUACAUCUUCAACAGCGACAAAUUGGGCGGUACUCGCACAUCUCCCAUACCUACAGUCAGAACAUGGAAAGAGCCUCUAUGAGAUCGUUGCUCUCUGCAAUUCUUCCGUUGAAAGCGCGAGAAAAUCGGUCAAACACUAUGGACUCGCUGAGUCUGUCAAGACUUACGGAUCACCUGAAGAUCUAGCUGCUGACCCGGAUGUCGAACUCGUCGUCUGCGUGGUGGGCGUGAAAGCCCAUUACAAUGUUUGCCUUCCCGCAGUCAAAGCAGGAAAGGAUGUGUAUACUGAGCUGCCAUUCGCGACGAAUAUCAAACAGAUGCAAGAACUCAAGGAUGAGGCUGAGAAGAAGGGUGUCAGGACCAUCAUGGGAUGUCAGGGUCAAGCACAUGAAGCUGUCCUUUUGAUCAAGAAGAUGAUAGCCGAAGGCAAGAUUGGCAAGCCUUUGAGUACGACUGUCGUGUCAUUUUCAGGUUUCCCUUUGGACAAGCCUUUACCACUGUCUUUUAGGAUGCUGGCAGAAAGAGAUGGUGGGGCCAAUUUUGCUACCAUAUGGUUCUUGCACAACAUAAAUUGUGUGCUGGAGGUUUUCGGCGAGCUGGAAGCUUUCAGUAGUGUGAUGGGAAUUGAUCACCCAACUGUCGAAAUCAUGGAUCCAGCCCAAAGUGGCACAAUAGUCGAGACCGUCAAGAAGGAAUGUCCGGACAACAUCCUUCUUCAAGGUCGAUUCGAAUCCGGAACUUUGAUAAGCUAUCAGAUGCGUGCAGGCAAAGCGUUUCCUGGCGAGCCCGGCUGUCGAUGGCUUAUCAACGGCGACAAAGGAGACAUCCUACUAACAAGUCCAAGAGGAUGUUUUGAUAUCGAGCACAUUGGUAUUGAGAUCAAGUACAGACAAGCAGGUCAAGAAGAGGCGGAGAUCAUUGCGCUGCCUGAAGAUGAGCUGAGUGGGCUCGAGCAACCGGCACAGAAUGUCGGACGCUUGUACGAUGCUUACGCGAAAGGAAAGACGAACAUGUAUGCGGAUUGGCGGGAUGCAUUGAAGAUACACAAAUUCAUCGACGAGCUGUUCAGGAGAGGUGACAGUAGCACACCUUUUGGAGAACCUGCUGCAUAUAGAUGGGAAUAG